UCUCGGGUAGGUAUUAAUUUUUGAAUAAUUGAUCUAUAUGAUCUUAGGAACACUUGAAUAUUCUGAAUGAAAGCUUAAUACGAUAGUAAAGACUUUUUAGUAAAUCUAGUUUAAAUUUGAAAAUGGUGAAGUGUUAUAAAAGCGAGUGGGCCGAGAAAGAAGAAAGUGAUCUAGUAUUUUGAAGAGGAUGAAUGAAACUUUAGGACGCGGGUACGCCCGCAUUGAAGCAAUACGAGCCGCACGAGGUGAAGCCCUAACGAUGCCGGAGCCCGGGGCGCCGCCUCCGGAUAGAUAUAACUCUGUCUAUUUGACCUUAUUUGUCGCUGGUGCUGCUUUCUUACUGCCGUUUAAUAGUUUUAUAAUGGCGGUGGACUACUUCCAGCAUCACUACCCCAAGACGACGAUAAUGUUCGACAUGUCAACUGUGUACAUAGUGUCAGCAUGCGUUGCUGUUAUAACUAAUAACAUUCUGCUUGACUUCUUCACUUAUAACACCAGGAUUACAUUUGGCAUAUUACUGUCUCUUGCAACAAUGAUAUUCGUAGCUGUCUGCAAUAUCGGCUGGGAUGGUUUCUCCUUGAGUGUAUCAUACACAAUCAACCUGGUCGCUAUAGGAGUAGUGGCCUUUGGGUGUACAAUCCAGCAAGCAUCGUAUUAUGGAUUUACCGGUUGCCUACCACCUCGGUACACGCAGGCUGUGAUGGCGGGGGAAAGCGCCGCCGGAUUCUGGGUCUCAUUGGAUCGAAUCGUCACUAAGUAUGGAUUUCACCAACCCAAACGCAGUACUUUUAUGUUCUUCGUGUUCUCAAUUCUGAUUCUACUCGGCCACUCCAUGUUGCACCAUGUCAUGAUGAGGCAUCCUUUAGUGCAGCAUUACUUGCGCCUGACAGUCGAAUCGCGGCACCGACGGCGUAUACAGCUUCAUCUGAAUCCUACAGAAGAUGCCACUUUGAUGGAGAGUGAGGCUGGAGAACCUAGUUACGGAGUUCUGAAACUGCAAAGCCCAGCACCGUCUACGGGAGUUGCCGAAGCUGAAAAUACGUUCAGCUUCUCGAAUCCUGUAUAUUCGCCAACGGCCACAGCACCUGUCCCGCUCGUGUCUCCACCACCAAGUGUAUCUGAACCAUCGGCUUCCCCGUCAGCUAUCUUGCGCACACCAAGACCCUCGUAUAAAGUUGAAGAUGUUGUCUUUGAGUCACCCGAGCGACCAACUUCAUGGAGAAACUUUAAACGUGGUGUGUUAUCUCGUUGGGCCGUAGCUCGUGCUAUCUACCCUUACAUGGUGUCUAUCGGUCUGGUAUACUUCACAACUCUAAGCCUAUACCCUGGGAUCGCAUCUGAAGUGCCUUCAUGUCGACUUGGCUCCUGGAUGCCGAUAGUACUGAUGUCCGCUUUCAACUUCUUCGAUUUUAUUGGCAAGAUAGCAGCAGCCUGGCCAUAUGAAUGGAGUCGCAGUCAACUGUUGAUGGCGAGUGGUGUCCGCCUUCUUUUAGUGCCUCUAAUGUUACUUUGCGCAGCCCCUAGACAUUCACCACACAUAGUCGGAGACGUGUACCCAAUUAUGUUUUCUGUUGUUCUGGGCUUUACAAAUGGACUAUUUGGAUCUAUCCCUAUGAUAAUGGCUCCAUCACGGGUUGGAAGGGAACACAGAGAGAUUGCAGGUAACAUGAUGACGCUAUCCUACAACGGCGGUCUGCUGUCAGGAUCCCUGGUGUCCUACCUACUUUUAAGCAUGUUGGGUGAGCCAGCUGAUAUGUGUCGCAUAUACCCAACUCCCGUUUUACCCACUAUACCGCCGGUUCCCACUCAUAAUGGAAACGCUUCACUUAUGCUACCCGCUAUGCAUUAAGAGUACCGAUCUGUUUUAAACGUGGUUUAGCUGGUUAUUACUUAUACAAUGUUUUCUCUCUAUCUGUCACCAGUAAUUUGACAUUCACAAGAAGAAAACAAAACAUUAGCGAAUCUAUGCAACCGCUUUACAACAUUUAUAAGUACGGCGGCGGUAAAAAUAUACGAGGUUAUUUGGAAAGGGGGUAAAAGUGUCCCUGUACCAUAGUAACAACAGUAGGUAUCUUACACUAAAAUUCCAUUUACCUAUAAGGAAUAUUGUUAUUUCAAAUAACAAAUAUAUUUUUAUUUUAAUACAAGGGCCGCAACCUAAAUAGCAGCAAAUUUUUUGUGUUUGCGUGUGAAUGUGUGUUUCAUAUCAAGGACAUAAUCCCUUAAACGCAAAAGGUUAAAUUUUCAUCGCGUAUUUUUUAUUAAAUUUACUUUAUACAGUUAUUUCUCUAUUAUCAAGCUAUUGAUCCUACAAAAAGUUUUUCAUUAUCAGGAAUACUUAUAUACCUACCCCAUCGACAUUUAAUUCCCCUUUCCAUCCAGGCCUUGUAUAGAACAAACGUCGGUAGUGGGUACGUAGUCAAAAA